UGCUCUCGGCUUUUAUUCGACUGUCCAGACUUGUUGUCGUCUGUGGCCGUUCCUAAUUUUUUGUGUUUAUAGAUUCUGCAUAUUAUCUCAAAGGAAUGUCAUAUUUUCUUAAUAGAGAUAAAACAGCAGCGACGAUCGCCUGUCAAAUAGAGCUAGAAUAGUUGUAUCCUGUUAUAAGAGAAUAACUACAAUUACUAUACUGAAGUUUUCUGAAGUUACAGCUCGCAAGCUAACGUUAUCGUUCGGGCUGGGUGUGGACUGCCAAUGGCGUGUGUAGAGACAUCAGAUGACAGAGUAGGAGAGGUCCUGCUGAAAAGACUUGAAGGAGUUCCCACAUAUGCCAAACACUUGUUGGCUGCUUUUCCUUCACUCUGCGGUCCGACUCAUCCCAAACCAUCUUAAUUUGGUUGAAGACGGGGGAUUGUGGAGGCCAGGUCAUCUGAUGCAGCACUCCAUCACUCUCCUUCUUGAGUGAUGCAGGAGCAGCUGGAUGAGGUGUUGUCAUCAGAAGUCCCGGUAGUGGUCUCCACAGAAACCCAGGAAUUGGAGAGUGAGCAGGAGCAGAAGAUGGUGUUACAGCUGGCUGUGAUGAUACGUACCAUCGGAGACGCCUUCAAGGAGAACAGGGAGCUGGACGACAACAGUGUGAUAGAUGGAAUGGUGGGGCAAAUGACCAGCAAGCCCAGCUACUGGAAGUUGGUAGAAAAGGUAUUUGAGGACGGUCAAAUCACCUGGGAGAGAAUUGCUGUUCUGUUCUACGUAGCAGGGAGGAUAGCUGUCAAGGUGGUGAUUGCUAACCUCCCCGAGUUAGUGAAGGACAUUCUGAAGUGGACUCUGGAGUACUUCAGAAGCAAAUUACUGGACUGGAUCCAGAAACAUGGAGGAUGGAUGAACAGUUUCGCUGAGCUGGCACGUGUACAGGUGGAGAGGAUAUCCUCUAUGAGCGCCCGGUCCUCAGGACUCAUCCUGGUCUUCCUCGGAGGUGUCAUAAUGGGUAGUGUUAUCACCUGGAAACUGGUCAGGAGGACCUGACACACACACACACACACACACACACACACACACACACACACACACACACACACACACACACACAGUCCCACUCCGGUUCAAACGCAAUUGUUUGACAUGACAUGCAAACGUGUGGGCGUGCACACACACACACACACACACACACACACACACACACACACACACACACACACACACACACACAAAUACAUUUGUUUACCUAGUCUAUGUAUUAUUAGUUACCUACCUUCUGGUUUGCUCUGGAUAAAUAAGAUGACCAGAUGCUGCUGGAAGUGGUGUUGGAGAGCUAGUAGGAGGCACUCUUUCCUCUGGUCUAAAAAAAAAUAUCUCCCAAUGUCCCAGUGCAAAGAUUGGGGACAUUGCCCUCUGUCGGGUGCCGUCUUUUGGAUGGGUCGUUAAAACGGGUGUCCUGACUCUCUGUGGUUAAUAAAGAUCACAUGGCACUUAUUGUAAGAGUAGGGGUGUUAACCCCGGUAUCCUGGCUAAAUCCAUCUGGCCCUCAUACCAUCAUGGCCACCUAAUCAUCCCCAGCUUCUAAUUGGCUCAUUAAUCCCUCUUCUCUGUAACUAUUCCCCAGAUCGUUACUGUAAAUGAGAAUGUGUUCUCAGUCAAUUUACUUCAACUUAAAUAAAAUGAAACUCAGUGCCUUCAGAAAGUAUUCACACCCCUAGACUUUUUCUACAUUCUGUUGUUACAAAGUGGGAUUAAAAUGGAUUGAAUACUUUUUUUGUCAACGUUCUACACAAAAUACUGUAUUACAUCUCUGCACUUAGAAAAAGAGAGCCAUCUGCACUGCUAUUUUAGUUUUCUGUUAAUCUGAUUGAAUAUUCUCUCAUCAUUGAUUUCAUCUACUUAUCUCAGCAAUUUCAGGGUUUUCUGUAUAGUUAUCUAAUGUUGGUGUGGCAUAUUAUUCUGUUUUAAUGUUACUCUUGAAUCACAAAAAAAUCUUAAACACUACUGUUGCUCACAGAGUGAGUCCAUGCAAUUUAUUAUGACUUGUUAAGCACAUUUUUACUCCUGAACUUAUUUAGGCGUGCCAUAACAAAAGGAUUGAAUACUUAUUGACUCAAGACAUUUUUAAUUCAUUUGUUUAAAAAAAAUCAUCUAAAAACAUAAUUCUACUUUGACACAAAAUCUCAAUGUAAUCCAUUUUAAAUUCAGGCUGUAACACAAAGGGAUGUGAAUACAUUCUGAGGGCACUGUAUAUAUUGACCUACAGUAAUGAAACCAAAGUGUUGGGGCAGAGCUCAGUACAUUUUGUGUCACUACCCUUGCGGGAAAAAACAUGAAUUUCACGUGUUUAACAUGUGAUCUUAUGGGAAGUUAAUGUGUCAACACGUAAAAGCAACAUGUGAUAAUAUGAAAUUGCACAUUUGCAAAAUUUCAACAUGUGAUACCAUGAAACUACACCUCACAACAUUUGAACGUUUUUCACAUGUGAAAGUCGAAAUCUGAUAUUCACAUGUGAGGUGAAAACUAUUCUCACAUGUGAAAGGUGGUGUUAACAUGUGAAAUCUGUAUUGAAUACAUGUGAACAAAUAAUUUCACAUGUGAACAACUGACCUCGCAUGUGUCUCUUUUGUUUUCAAAGGUGAAAAUUUCAGCUCAACAUGUGAACAGGUAUUUCAUGUGUAUAUACAAUUUCAAAUGUGAAAAUGUGAUUUUCACAUGUGGAACUGCAAAUAAAAUAAAACUGUAUAUCAUCAAAUGAAGUGUUCCAAAACCACAUGGUUUCAAAUGAUUUCAAGUGAAGGGAAAUGUGAAAUGUUUUCUCGUAAGGGUAUAUCAUCAUGUUUGUUGGUAUCCUGCUAGACUAGGGAAUCUGUGCCUGAAAUGAGAAACCAGUGUAAGCCUAACAGACAGCCAAUCAUGUUAUGUGAUUUUUUUUUUUUACAGAAAGGUCAUAUUAUUUUUCAAUACAAUAUUUUACAGAAAUAACACAUGAAUACCGAUUUGAUAUUUUUUACGUUUAUGAAAAUGUAUGAAACAUGUAUUUUGAAUAAAAAUCAUUUGGGAUGUUUGACUUGAAUGUAUUAAAUGUGCCAUUUUAUUAGGAUAAACAAAAUAAAUAUGAGUUGACGAUGUUUGUGCUGCAAUAAUCAUGUUUUAACUAUGACCCCUAAAAGUCCUCAACAUGAGCAUCAGUCAGUAAGCUCCAUAAUAUCAGUCAUGAUAGGAAUUGUUAGGUAGAUGUACAAAAAAUGCACAGGACACAAAUAGAACAUUUUUGGCAUAAGCUUUUAAUAUUUUUAUAGAGUUUUUGAUGUUUUCUCUUUGAAUUGGAUUUGUUUGUUUUUCCAGUUAAUUUUGUGGGGUUUUUUUCAUUUUAUUAUUCUUGUUUUAUUUUCCUAUCUGCAAUGGAGAAGAGUUUUUCAGUUUAAUUAGCAUUCACUUUCAAACUUUCAUACUUUUAAUAAUAGAACUGUGUUUAAGUCUCUUUUUUCACAAACUUGUUUGUUAAAUUAUUACUGUUUAUUCAUCUUUUUUCUUUACACGUUUCAAAAAUAUAAAAGGUAAAUUAUAAACAUUCCAUUGAAAUAUAUUUUAUACAGUUCUUGAUUCUUUUUUUUCCUGUGUUAUGACAUUAAAAUUGUAUCCAGUAGCAGUCUUUAUAGCAUAAACCCCAUUCAGUGUUAUUGUAGUAACCUUCUCUUCUUCCGUCUCUGUCUUCCCUCUCUUUCUCCCCUGAUAGGAAAGU